UUUUAGAGACUCCCCUAUAUAAACACCAUUCAUGAAUCACACUCUCACUAUCUGGCUUUGGUUUGAUUUCUAGAAAAUGGGUGCACUAGAUUACCUCUCCAACUUUUGCACUGUAACCAGCACUAGGACCAAGCAGAAAGCAAUGCAGACAGCAGAGAUAAAAGUGAGAAUGGACUGCGAUGGUUGCGAAAGAAGAGUGAGAAAUGCAGUGAGUUCAAUAAAAGGAGUGAAAUCUGUGGAGGUGAACAGAAAGGAGAGCAGGGUGGUAGUGAGAGGAUAUGUGGAUCCAAAGAAGGUGCUGAAGAGGGUAAGGAGCACAGGGAAAGUAAGAGCUCAGUUUUGGCCAUAUGUUGAACAGCAUCUGGUCUACCAUCCUUAUGCCCCCGGAGUAUAUGACCGUAGAGCACCCUCCGGUUAUGUUAGAAACGUCUUCCAGCCUUCAUCUCAUGCCCAAGACAACUUUCUCUCCUUUUUCAGCGACGACAACGUAAAUGCAUGUUCCAUCAUGUAAUCAUUUCUCUUGUAUCAAUUAACAUGCUUUUUUCAGUUUAAUUCACAAACCCUCAAGUGCAGUGCCAUGCUAUCUAUAUACACAAA